CCAAAGGCGAUAACCGCGCCGCGAAUCGCGAUACAGGCGAACGUGUAUAGAGGAUAUGAUAUAUAGCCAUCCCGCCGGCCACCAUCUUUGCAUUCUCGCAAGUUCCCGAGUACGAGCCGGCACCACGCGGUCGAGCCUCCGCUAUACUAUAGUCUACAUCUCUAGAUUACGAACGCGACAGGCCUCAGCUCUCAGUCAGUCAGGAUGAACGGAAUCGCCAGGAGCGUGCUGAGGCUCCCGGGCCUCAGGAAUCUCGUCGUAGUCCCGGCGACGGCAGCUCGUUUGCCCGGCCAGCAGAGGCUCUUCAGCGGCGCACUGAGCAACGGCCGCCUCGUGUCCGGCGCCUCCGCCAGCUUCGCCAAAAGCAGCCACAGGCACCCCUGCGGCUGCGUCUCCUGCAGGUUCGCCCACACCAAAGCCGAGAAGGAGCUGGUCGAGUUCCUCGCGGAGGAAAUCGUCGCCGAGAAGAAGGCGCUCAAGCUCAAGACUAUUCCCACCGAGCUCGAGGGCUUCAAGGUGUCGCUCAACGGAGCCGAAGUCAAGCUCACCAAACAACAGGCUGAUGAAACAAUCACAAUCUCUUUCAACGUCAACCACACCGUCGACACAGAGUCGGAGCCAGAGAUCGACCCCAGAGAGGACAAGCCCGACAUCGGAGAGAUGAAGAGUAAACCCAACUUUGAAAUCGACUUCAAGCGAGGGAAUCAGCAUCUUUCUUUCUCCUGCUCGUUCAACAGUGAACCGGGAGCAUCCGGAGCCGAUGACGCUUACAACGACAUAUUUGGUAUUGAUGAAAUCACUCUUUACGAUGGAGAACACACAGAGAAUGUAUAUGCUGUUGGUGGAGAAGUUAUUGACGGGUAUUUGUAUGAUCUCCUCAUGAACUACUUGGAAGAAAAAGGUAUUUCAAAUGAAUUUGCAGAGAAACUCGUUGAAUUAAGUACGAGCUAUGAACACACAGCAUACAUUGGUCUACUGGAAGGCCUCUCUAAAUUUACAGCAAAAUAAUUCCUUGUUUUUAUAUAUUGCUUUGAUAAAUAGAAUGUAAAAUCUGUACUCUUACUAUUAGAAUAUUAAGCGUUGUUAAUAAAAUUACAUUACAAAACCAAA